UUCUAUGACCUAAACCCGACACUAGAUAGGGUCCAAUUCAAAGUGAGAUCAACCAGGUCCCAGAUCUGCCCCACUAGUUCCAAUACAUGACCCAGACCAUCGACCUGCUGACCCAACCUCAUUUCCACCGCUUAAGGGAACGAAUUCAAGCCCUAACCCUCUAAUAUUUGGGCGUCGUCCAGGCAGUGACGUUACAUAAUCCUCUAAAUUUAUCUGUUUUCUUUCUUUUUGAAUAUUGUGGAUCCCAAAUUGUAAGUAGAGAGUAUCAAUUUGAAUUUUGGUGAUAAAGAGUAUCUUCCUUAAAUAUUUCCAUUCAAGCUUGAAAGCAGACCAGGUCUCUAGAUUCGCUCGCGGUGAUUAAAGUUCUCACUCAUCAACUUUGUACCCUCACCAUCUUACCUCCUUUCCUGCUAUUUACUCUUUAAAUUCCUGCCAUCUCUUUCAACUUGCAGUUUCUCUCUGCGGAGUUUCUUCAAAAAUUUGAAUAUUCGAAACUCAUUUCAAUUGCAUAAAGAUCCAAUCCUUAGGGGGUUUAAAUAAGAUUUUGGGAGAGAUGGUUGGUGGAAUAGGUACCAUGCAUGCUGAUCGAGUCCUUGCUGCUGGUAAAAGGUCUAUUAAGGAUCGUCUCGAUGGAGACUUCGAUGAUUCUUAUUCUCAAGGGAGACGUAAUAACAGCGGCAAGAGGCAGCGCCAAAAUGAUGAUAGGUGGAAGCACGAUCUUUAUGAUGAUGGAGGUGAAAUUCCUCAAGUUUCGAAUUCCAAGGUUGGUUCCAAGGAUCUACGGUUAAAGUUACAACGAAAGGCUUCACAGCAGGCGUCUCAAAGUUCACGUCUCCCACAAACAAGUGUGGGUGAUUUGCGGGAAAAGUUAUCUGGUAUAAUACAUUCACAACCAUCAAAUACAGAUCAACCUAAUGUCAAGCUUGUGCCUGAUGCUGCCAAAACUGUGAAGAAGACCAUUUCAUCUAAUGAAUUGGGUGGCAUGGAUGGCAAGAAGAUUGUCAAUCCUUCUAUGACUGAAAAGAGGGUACAGCAGAAGUCAUCUUUGUCGGUGAGUGGUCUGCUACAGUCUCUUGGACUAGAGAAGUAUUCAAUAACAUUUCAAGUAGAGGAGGUGGAUAUGGCUGCCCUUAAGCAUAUGACUGAUGAGGAUCUAAAGGCCCUAGGAAUCCCUAUGGGUCCUAGAAAGAAGAUACUCCUGGCAUUGAACUCUAAAGUCAGGAACAGCUGAGAUUGGGAAUUUGGACCAGAAGGACCUGGUGCAGCUGUGCUUAGAAGGAAUCAAGUUUGUGGCCCAUUUAACUAUGCUUCUACCUGCACCCACACAAUUUUCUUCUAUAAUUCCUGAUGUUGAAUCAAGGAAAGCCCAAUGAUUAUGAUGUUGUAUAUCCAAAAGUUGAUGACAUGUAAUUUAAUGCAAGGGGGAAUUCUAAUUUAUUUUAUAUAUGUUGAGCACUUUUUCCAUCACAUAAUGACAGAUCGGUGGUUUGAUUACUCGAA